UCGCGUAGUUGCCAGGCAGAAGUCGCGUGUUCGAUUCGAAAAGUUAGGAAGGUUCUUGUUCGCCGACUGUGCUCUCGUUUUGUGUCUAUAUCUCGUUUGCCAUCGUCGCGAGUCGUAUACUAUCCACUCAGGAAUCUUCUAGUAUUAAAAGUACCACAUAACAUAAUUCGAAUUUUCGGAUUCGCAGAGUGCGCGGUGUGUCUCGUGCGUGCGGAUAAACGAAGUUCGACCGCGUUAGUCGUUACUGCUGUGUUCAGCAGAAGUGAGAGAGAAAGUGUUUUGAUUCAAAGAAAGAGUGAAAAGGAGAGAAAAGGCAGGAACGGAGGAGGUGGCGGCCGUGGAGGAAAAUACGAGGAGGUGGUACGGAGUGUCAGAUUGUUUUCUCACACAACGGUGGAGCAAAACGGCCUCAAACUGUGGGGCUCUGGGGCGUUUUUCCUUCCUCCGCAAGGAAUGUACUACCCUCACAUGGUGCAGACAGGGAUGGCUGCGCCCUACGGUGGGGGUGUCUUUCCCCCUCCGGUGAAUGGGGUUGCAGGGGUCGUAGGGUCGGCAGGUUCAGCUGGAGAAGUUAAACCUCCACCCUCAAACUCAAUCAAAGAAGAAAGUGCUCAAGCACAGCAGCAACAACAACCACCACCUGGGGGACCACAAGUGCCACCCCCAACUGGAGCACCACAUCCUGCCACACCUGGACAACCCACUAACACCAGUUUUAGUCCUCCACCACCAUCGAAUGGUGUGGAUCAACAACAGGCAAUCUCGGAAGUGUUUCAGGCAGCGGUCGCAGCUGCUGCAGCUGCAGCUGCAGGAGGUGGACAACAACAACAAGCACCCACACCCGGAGGAAACGAAGCAAGUCCAGAAGGUGUUGAAGCUGGAGCCUUGGUACCUGUAACUUCCGGUGCAACGUCGCCGGCAACAGCCACACAAGGAACAGACCUCAAAGGACAGCCAAAACGUCUUCACGUCAGCAACAUACCCUUCCGUUUUCGAGACCCUGAUCUUAGGGCGAUGUUUGGACAAUUCGGUGCGAUCCUGGACGUAGAAAUCAUUUUUAACGAGAGAGGCAGCAAGGGAUUCGGUUUUGUAACAUUCGCAAAUAGUGCUGACGCGGACCGGGCACGUGAGAGGCUACACGGCACCGUGGUUGAGGGCAGAAAGAUUGAGGUGAACAACGCAACAGCAAGAGUCCAGACGAAAAAACCACCAACGGUACCGAACGUGUGCGUCCAGUGGCCAGAGGCUGCUGCAUUAAGAGGAGUUUCCAUUCAACGAGGACGAGUUGGAACAACCAGAGCAACAUUCCCGACAAGUGCAGCACUGGCACUUGCCAGGAAUCCAGGGCCACUUGCAGCUGCAGCAACGGCCCUGCAUCCGUUUGGACCUGCCGUCUACUACGAUCCCUUCCUAGCGGCACACGCAGCGACGCAAGACCCUAACUACAGGCUACAGCUAGAAUGGCCGCAAGCAACAGCUGACGCCGCAGCCGCAGCAGCUGCAGCAUCCCCAUUACUGAAGACUCCACUCUCGACGGCCCAGCAGGCUAGCUAUGCAGCUGCAGCAACCUAUACAGCAGUUGCAGCACGUGCCGCUUACGGUGCAGCUGCAGCUGCAGCACAACCAGUCGCAGGAUACGCCGCAGUUGCCGGUUAUGGCCGAGAAUACGCCGACCCUUAUCUGGGACACGGUAUUGGACCCGUAGCUGGCUAUGGGGCGACAGUUUAUCGAGGCGGUUACAACAGGUUCACGCCUUACUAAAAUGUAGGAAGCACAAGCGAAGCCUUCCAGUCAAAAAGUACACCCAGCAGAUCAUGACCAGAAAUUAACACAAUCAUCAGACCCACCAACACGAUGCCUGAACCUUCUAACCAGUCGAUGUCAGCUUUUCAAAUUGCACCCAAGACAUGAAAAAAAAACAACAAAAAAACAAAAAAGAAAACAAAAAAAGAAAAGAAAAAUUGAAACCUUCCCGGGAAUUUGUCCUGGAAAUAUUUUCAAUUUUUUUGCAUUUCAUCGCAUCAGUCGCAAUUCUCAUCUCGCACACAUUGUGACGAGCAAGCGUCAAAUUAAGCCAAAUUAUAAAGAUAGUAAGUUUGGACUAGCGGGUAGAAUCACAGCGAAAGUUGCGAAAUUAUCUAGAAGUCUAGUAGGAUUUCAAAAAUGAGCCUCGAAUAAUAAAGAUUCUCGAUUAAUUUUACAUUUAUAAGUCCCGAAGAAAGACGUGUGCCGUUCAAAUAGAAAUUGUCAGCUCGUUUCGCCAAUUGGCAGCCAUCAUCAUUGACCAAAAAA